GUCAGACGCUUUGGGCUGGAUGUUCCCUCACGCUUCAAUAGAUCUGUGCCGCCGAUUCGGUUCUGACGCAUUCCCACAAAAUCCUUUAAUAUACCCCUAUGCACUCACUUACUUCCGUGCCCAGAAGAAAAUCCUAGCCAGAGUAGCAGGGAAUCCAUCCGUGUCCUAGUUGAGCCGAUUGUAUGUGUGCUAGGAUCCGAGUUAGUAGUGGGUUGUGUGAAACUUGUACAGGCUCUGCGGUGCGGCUGCCAAUUUGAAACUUGCACGCGUGGGAUGGUACUAAACGAUGUCGAAUUGAGUUGACGGAGGCGCGGAUGCGUUAGGCUAACAUAGAAUCUCUUGACCGCGCUCCUGUGCUGAAGCAUCUGGAUGGGAUGCAACUGUCCAACCCUUACUUGAAACAGACGAAGUUAGGAGUGAAAAAAAGGAGGAAGAAGGGAUUAACCGCGUCCAAGCUCCGAAAUCUGUGACAUAUUUCGCGUUCAGUCCCAGUCCCGCUGCUUUUGUCUACCCUGUUCUCAGACUGAGGCAUGACAUGUUAAGUCGUCUCAGCACCAGGGGAAGACCAGAUCCUUGCCGCUUGGGGUCCCAUCAUCUUGUGGCGGAUGCUGGCCAUGAUGGUAGCGUUGCAGUCUACUAGUUGGGAGAGGGUGGUUGUAGGGAGCGAUUGUGUGCGAGAAGGUAAUGGAAGAGCUUACUUUGUUUGAGCACCGGGAAAUGCGGCCGACACUAAUAGCGGUAGCGUGAGAUCUACCACGGUUGUGGGAGUGAUGAGUAGUCUAGAAGGGGGGCUAGCGGAAGAGACGACGGAGGUUUUUAGCGGAGCUCGUGAUGCCUCAGCCGCCAAUUGCGUGAGAAGGGGGAUUCGGGUUGAUAACUGGUUGUUCGGUUUGUCCCGCGUGAGUGUCGACGGGAACAUGGUGGUUUGAAUAGGCGGUUGCUUGUAGGGGAGUGUAGUGUGGUUGAUCACCGUGCAGAGUUGAGGAUUCCUAGAAAUGAGGGGGUUGUGAAAUUUGGACUUGUUUGCGGUGUUUCGAGUUGUUCGUGUUGUGGGGGCCUUUGGGAGAGUCGGCCAUGGCUGGGGGCCGGAAGCUCGUGGUGGAGGUGCUGGCCGCGAAAGGCCUCAUGCCCAAGGAUGGACAAGGGUCAGCGAAUGCGUACUGCGUGCUGGAUUUCCAUGGCCAGCGGAAGAGGACGAGGGUGAAGCCCAAAGACCUUGACCCUACUUGGAACGAGAAGUUUGAAUUCGCGAUGCCCGAGAUUGGAAUGUCUGGGGAUGUGGAAAUUUGCGUCCAGAACGAGCGAAAGAGCGGGACAGGCCAACGGAAUAGCUUCUUGGGUCGAGUUAUAGUUCCCUUAAAUACUGUGCCUAACAAGCCCGAAGCAGUAAGAUGGUAUCCGUUGCAGAAGAGAGGUCUUUUCUCGCACAUCAAAGGUGACUUAGGGUUGAAAAUUUGGUGGCAGGGCUCGGAGCAAUCUCUUAAGGGUGGCAAGUGCGGUAAUAAUGUUCAGGGAGAGCCAGUUGUGGUAGUUGGAGAUGGGGCUGGGAAAAACAUCCCAGGAAUUGUUGUUGGGGGAGGGAAGAAGAGGGAAGCCAAGGCAGAUCAAGUGCCGGAAGGCCUCAGGCCUAAUAGAAUAACUGUGCCAGAGGCUGAUUUUACUGUUAAGGAAACCAACCCUGAUUUGGGAAAGGCCGUGGACUACAAGCAGCAUUAUGACCUCGUGGAGGAGAUGACCUACCUCUUCAUUCGGGUCGUCAGAGCACGCAAUCUGAUGGGAAAGGACAACAAUGGUUUGAGUGAUCCAUAUGUGCGGAUAUCUGUGGGUCCUGUUAAGACGGAGACCAGGAUAAUCCCGCGUACUCUCAAUCCAGAAUGGAAUCAAUCUUUUGCAAUCGGAAGGGACAAGAUUCAGGGUGGAGCGUGCGAGCUGUCAGUGUGGGAUGCGGAUAAACUUUCAAAAGAUGACUUCCUUGGAGGCUUCAUGAUUGAUUUACGUGAGGUUCCUCCUCGGAAGCCUCCCGAAAGCCCCCUAGCUCCGCAAUGGUACAGACUGGAGUCGAAGUCUGGCAAGGGCAGAGUUAGUGGGGAUUUGAUGGUUGCAAUCUGGUGGGGUACUCAGGCUGAUGAAGUCUUUCCCGACGCAUGGCACUCAGACACUGGUGGAAGUGCGAUGUUCAGGUCAAAAAUAUAUUUGUCUCCCAAGUUAUGGUAUCUGCGAGUAAACGUAAUUGAGGCGCAGGAUCUAUUGGCAAGUGACAGGAUUUUAACAGAGCCGUAUGUCAGGGUGCUCGUGGGACCAUACCAACAAUUGCGAACAUCACGAGCUGUUACACGAGGCGGCAGCCCGUUUUGGAACGAAGACUUGAUGUUCGUUGCUUCAGAGCCAUUUGAUGAAAUGAUGCAAAUUUACGUUGAAGACCGAAUGGUUCCUGGAAAGGAAGAGUUGCUUGGACAUGUUCAAAUACCCCUCAUGAGUAUUGAACGCCGUAUUGAUGGUCGUCCAGUAGCCUCCAGAUGGUAUGUUCUGGUAAGACCUGGUGGAGGAGGAGGAUCAUUCCUCGGUCGUAUUCAUCUUCGUCUCUGCUUCGAUGGUGGUUACCACGUCAUGGACGAAUCGUCUAAUUACAUCAGUGAUACUCGACCUACAGCAAGGCAGCUAUGGCGGCCGCCGCUUGGAGUUUUAGAGGUUGGGAUUCACGGUGCUAAUAAUCUCCUUCCCAUGAAGACAACUAAAGAUAAUCGAGGGAGUACUGAUGCUUACUGUGUUGCCAAGUAUGGACCCAAGUGGAUUCGCACGCGCACCAUCUUUGAGAGUUUCAAUCCCCGUUGGAAUGAGCAGUACACUUGGGAGGUUUAUGAUCCUUGUACAGUUCUCACAGUAGGUGUAUUUGACAACCGGCACAGUUUUCCAGUGGGUGGUGCGCCUAAAGAUUUACCCAUUGGAAAAGUGCGUAUUAGGCUGUCUACGCUGGAGAGUGACCGAGUGUACACAAACGCGUACCCUCUUCUGGUCGUCACACCACAAGGAGUGAAGAAAAUGGGUGAAUUGGAGAUGGCAGUGAGGUUUACCACCGCAGCGACUGCAAAUGUGCUUGCUGCUUAUCUUCAGCCACAGUUGCCCAAGAUGCACUUCUUUUACCCCCUUGAUCCAAGGCAACUAGAAAUGCUUCGAGUGGCUGCAAUGAAUAUAGUAGCGUUAAGGUUGAUGCGUUCAGAGCCUCCUUUGAGGCAGGAGGUUGUACAGUUCAUGCUCGACACUGAAGCUGAGCGGUGGAGCAUGCGCCGAAGUAAAGCUAACUACUAUCGAAUUAUGGGGGUGUUGUCUGGAGUACUAGCUGUUAUGAACUGGUUCUCCGACAUUUGCAACUGGAAGAGUCCUGUCACCACCGUCCUCAUUCACAUCUUGUUCCUGAUCCUUGUUUGGUACCCUGAGCUUCUCCUCCCGACAGUCUUCUUUUACAUGUUUCUGAUCGGAGCUUGGAAGUACCGCUUUCGGUCACGGACGCCCCCUUUCAUGGAUGCCAAGCUCUCUCAAGGAGAGUAUAUUGGACACUUGGAUGAGCUGGAAGAAGAAUUUAAUGUUAUCCCUGCUAGUAGAGCUCAGGAGGUACUGAGAAUGAGAUAUGAGCGAUUGCGUGGCGUGGCUGGACGCAUUCAGAAUGCGUUUGGUGACCUUGCAAGCAUGGGAGAGAAGCUCAAUUCUUUACUAAGUUGGCGGGACCCCAGGGCCACUACGAUAUUUAUUGGCUUCUGCUUCGUGACUGCUAUCGUGCUGUAUGUGACUCCAUUUCAAGUGGUAGCAGUUCUGCUUGGUGUGUACGCACUGCGGCACCCACGGUUCCGAGACCCACUUCCAUCCGUGCCCCUGAACUUCUUUAAGAGACUACCCUCGCUGUCAGAUCGCAUCUUGUAGACAGGCUAUAGUUCUUGUAGAUAGAAAACAAGUGCGUGCGAGUUUGAAGCAGAGAGGAGAGUGUGUCUUUAAGAAAAUAUAUCGGCUUUCUUCCUUAGUUUCUAUUGCCCUGUUCAUUUUAGAUAUUACAGAACAGCCCCCAGCCUAGCGUCUCUCUUCUGUACAUGAACGUUGGGAUAAACUGAACCGUUUUACAGUAGUUCGGAACUUUUUAGCAGGUUAUUAUUACCUUCAUCCUUCACAGAUGGUAGUGAGAAGACAUUGUGGCCCAAUGCUUGCUUCGGAAUUUUCCCCUUGAAAAAUAAUGUAAUUUUUUUUUACCAGGGAGCCGAAUCUCAACGAAAGCAUGUUUAUCUCUUA